AUGGACACCCACCUGUUAGAUUGUCCGAUCUGUCUAGAACAGCUGCACCAACCAAAGUCGCUCCCCUGUCUUCAUUCUUUCUGCCAGAAAUGUCUGUCCACCUUCAUCACCAAGGACCCGUCAGAGAAGAUGGCGGCGGCAACCUCCUUUCUGUGUCCUGUUUGUAGGAAGAUCACACAACCGGUAAAUCUUUCCGAAGGUAAGGAAAAAUGGGCCCAACAAUUUCCAACCAAUGGUCUGAUUAACAGCCUUGUAAAGGUCACGAUUGAUGAGCUGAGGUUUUGCAAGCCUUGUGAGAAAAAAGGAAAAAUUGGGAUUCCUGCAUCAGUGUGGUGUGAAACAUUGAACAUAAUGUUUUGUGAUACAUGUAAAGUCGAUCAUCAUGAUUUGGUUCACGAAGGAUGUGAAACGGCUAACUUAUCGAAACGUGCUGAAAUAAUGCAACGACAAGAUCAAGUCAGAUGUGGAGAACACACAAAGAGGAUGACUUACUUUUGUGAAGACCAUCAAAAUCUUGGUUGUAGUAGAUGCAUCACCAUAAACCACAGACGAUGUGAUGAAGUGACAACAACACAGGAGUACUAUGACAAACUGAAAAGCGACUCAAGACUGGAUCACUGGAAGACAUCACUGCAGAAAACCGUUGAAGCAAUCGAGUUACUGAUCAAAGAGUUUGACGAGCAACUUCAAAUCAUGGCGAAUGACCAAGCAACCGGAUUAGAGAGUUUAAAGGAUCUAAGGCAAAAGAUAGACACACGUCUUGACGCCCGACAGAAAAAUAUCAGUGAUAAAUUGAUAUCAUUCUACAAAGAAGAGAAAGAGAUUCUUCAGAUAUCCAUUCAGAAAUGUAAACGACUGAUGUCUACCAUUCAAAAUACAAUCACAAUGUCUGGGAAUGCGGUUAAAAGCAGUGAUAAUGUCAGAACGAUCUUGUUGUAUCAGAGAGGUAAAGCGGAAUUGGAAUCUUAUAAAAACAUGGUAACAGACAUGAAGAAAUCGUUUACCUCAGUCAGAAUCAAACACAUUGUUGACCCCAGUUUUCUCAGUUUGGAUGAGGGCAUUUUACUGUCAUUGGGAAAAGUCACAAUAGAAAAACAACCAAGACGACUGCCUUACGGAACAACUCAUAUGUUUACUCCAUUGCCGGAUUGUAGAGUGAAGGAGGCAGGGAAGUUUAAUAUCAAAUCUUCCUCAGACAGCUCAGAUUGCUGGGCAAGGGAAGUCCAGUCUUACGACUAUAUACGUCAUCAAAAUAGAGUCCUCAAAAUUAACCCUGUUGUCAAAAAUACAACUGUCAAUCGAAAAGGAUAUUUGGGGAAUUACUCAUACAGGUGA